AUGUGCGAGCAAAAGCUGUGCGGCAAAGCUCCGCACCCCGCUUGCCGGCCGGCGAGCGGUGAGCGGCGAGCGGCAAGCGAGCGAGCGGCAGUCAGCCGGCGGCCUCCGACCGGCGCGCACGUGUGUUCCGCGAGUGCAGUGAUUAGUGCGAUGCCCGCCCGCGCGCUGGCCCUCCUCGCCGCCGCGGCCCUGGCGCUCGCGGCCUCCCCGCCCGACCCCUGCUACGAGGACGGCCACCCUCGCCGCUGCAUCCCCGACUUCGUCAACGCCGCCUUCGGGGCCCCUGUCGUUGCUUCUUCCGUUUGCGGCCGCCGGAGCCCCGAGCGUCUUUGCGACCCACCUGGCGACCAGCCUCCCGAUACCGCCUGCCAUGUGUGCGAUACCGCCAGACCCGACCGUCGCCAACCACCGCAACACCUCACCGAUCUAAACAACCCCAACGACGUCACAUGUUGGCGCUCCUCCGCUCUCCCGACCGCUUCCUACGAUUCACCACCCGACAACGUAUCCCUGACCCUCUCCUUGGGCAAGAAGUACGAGCUGACCUACGUCAGUCUCCAGUUCUGCCCGAAGGCGGCUCGGCCCGAUUCCGUCGCGAUAUACAAGAGUGCAGAUUACGGCGUCACUUGGCAACCUUUCCAGUUCUACUCCAGCCAGUGUCGAAGAGUUUAUGGAAGACCAAACAAAGCCACGGUGACGGCGGCUAACGAGCAGGAGGCCAGAUGCUCGGAUUCGCAUCGCCUGGCUGGAGAGAACGCAGCUGGUUCUCGAUUGGCGUUCAGCACCCUGGAAGGUCGUCCGAGUGCCGCGAACUUUGACGUGUCGCCAGUGUUGCAAGAUUGGGUGACGGCUACUGAUGUGAGGGUGGUGUUCAAUCGGUUGCAUAUGGUGAACGAGGGAGAUGAGAUCGAUCCGAAGAAACAGGCGGCCCCGGGUACGCAGCACUACGCUGUUUCGGACUUCGCAGUGGGCGGUAGAUGCAAGUGCAACGGGCACGCUUCUCGGUGCGUGAUGCAGCAGGAGGGUGCUACGCAACAGCUGGUCUGCGACUGCAAGCAUAACACCGCUGGCCGCGACUGCGAGCGCUGCAAGCCAUUCCAUUUCGACAGACCCUGGGGACGCGCCACCGUCAGAGACGCCAACGAAUGCAAAGCCGCGCUCAUGAAUGUGGCUCGCCGCGCCGCACGCCGUCGUAUUAAAGCGCGGUCCAAGUGA